CGGAUAAAUAGAGUAAUUGACAGUGAAUGCACAUGUACAUUGUCGAGUCUGCACUACUGAACUUUGGUUUUCUCUUCAAAACGUCAAGCAAAAUAUCCUUUUCACCUGUGUGUUGAAGGUUAUUAUGGCUGAUACAAUGAACUUCGGUCCUGAAUGGGUGAGGUCCCUGUCCAGUGGUAACCCGGCUGGUCCCCCCUCCCCCACCAAACUUCCGUCCACCACUACUCCCACCACUCCUCUUGGAAAAAAAUUACACUUCAAGUUGGCCGAGUAUCGCUAUGGCAAAGAGGAGUUGCUGCAGCUGUACAGUAAUGAAUUCUCCCCUCCCAAUGACCUGCCCACAAUCAGCACAAUCACCCGCAUUGAAGUGGUCACUCCACUUGCAUUCAUCCCUCUCGCAGAGGAGGAACAGAUCGCUAUAUCCGGUGGUGUGAACAGUGGGACUGUGUAUGGAAUCAGAUCAGCAAGAGGUUACUACCCCAACAGAGGAGGCAGGGGCAGGGGUAGAGGUCGUGGAGACUACCAUCGCAGUACUAGUUACCCCGAAGACCACUCAGCUGCUUACUAUGGAAACCGUGCUUCAGGGGAGUGGUCAGAAGGUCGUGGUGGUGGGUUUGCUGGUGGUGGGCGUGCUGGCAUGUCUAGGGCCUCUCGUGAUGGGAACUGGCGUAAUCCGAGCACGUCAGAGGAAGAGGAAUGGGGCAAUCACUGGCACCCCCCUCCAAGCCCAGGCAAGCCACCGUCAGCAGGUUGGAAGGACAAGGAUGGCCAGGGCGAGAAGAAAUGGCAAGCUUUGCCAGAGUGGGCCAGUGACGAUGCAGUUACCAUCUCUUCUGUAGGCACUUUCGAUUCUUCAGGAAAAUUCAGCACUCACAAGGAGGGAAAGCAUGGUAAACCUCCAAACAAGGACAGCUCGUCUGAGUCAAAGGAGCAGAAGCUGCAGUUGCAGAAUCCUCCAAAAGCUCAAAAGAAGGAUUCAACCAGAACUAAUAUGAGCUACUCUUCUGUAGCAAGUAGCAAUGACAAACAGCCUUUACCAAACACUUCACAUGUGGUGAGAGAAGAGUUUAGACGCAAGGUGAUGGAGAAAAUGGAUUCACAAACUGGAGAAGAAAGUCCGAGUGAUACUCUGAUUGGUGGUGAUCACUCUCCUAUUGAGCAAGCAACGUCGGCAGAUAGCGCGACGGUGAGCUCAUUUGAGACAUCAAGGCCAGAGGAGGGCAGUCUACACGAUGUGACCUCCCCCUCCAGCGUGGAGGAUGAACGCAUGAAGCAGAUUGAAAAGGCUGCUGAGGCUCUCCUAUCCACUGAGGAGGAGGAAACACCUGUCCCCAGCCCCGCCCCCCUCACACGAGACCCUGUCACUACUUCCACUACCUCCACAGCUACCCACCCCCACACCCUCCACAUGGCUCCACCCACUACAACAGCCCCUCCCCCUCCUGUGAAUCCUGAAGACAUGGACAAAUGGCUCUAUCAGGACCCACAGAGAGAACUUCAAGGUCCAUUCAGCUCCUCUGACAUGAAAAAGUGGUUUGAUGCUGGCUACUUCACUAUGGACCUUAUGGUGCGACGAGUCUGUGAUGUCAGUUUCUUACCUCUUGGUCAGAUCAUUCGUAUUUGGGGCCGUCCACCAUUUGCCCCAGGUGGUCAAGUACCCCCUCCCCUCAGACCAGGGGAGCUGUUUUGGCAGGCUCUCUUCAAGCAGCCACAGCAGCCACAACAGCUCCUUAUGCAGCAACAGAUGAUGAUUCAGCAGAUGAUGAAAGCACAGCAACAAGUCACACCCACUCAGCCAGGGUCAAAAUUGCCAACUCAGCAGUCUAGUCAUGUGACUCAGACUGCCCCGUCCACAACCACAAGCUCAGAGCCAGUCUCCAUAUGGGGGGACUCCAACAGUAAAGCGGAGUCUCCUGAGGACCAGUGGCCUGACAUUACGGGUGCAGAUAAGGUUGUCUGGGAUCGCAUACCCUCAGGACAUGACCGUAACGAGGAGGCACGACGUGUUGCGGCAGAGGAACAGGCUCGAGAGAAGCAGAGAAGACAGGCGGAGUUGGAGAUGAAGAAGAAGGAAGACGAGGAAAGGUGCCGUGUUGAAAAGGAGAGACAGCGACAGCUUGCUGAAGAGCACCAGCGGAAGCUACUUGAAGAAAGACAACGUCAGUUGGAAGAAGAGCGUCAGAGGCAGCUUGCUGAGGAGAGACAACGGCAAAUGAUUGAAGAGGCUCGACGUAAAGAAGCUGAGACUAAGGCCAAAAUGGAGGCUCAGCGGAGAGCAGCUGAAGAGAUGCAACUGGCAAGACUCAGGGAGGAGCAGGAGAGACAGCGACAGAGAGAUGAAGAGACUCGGUUGGCUCUACAACAGCAGGCCAACGAGCAACAAAGACUCGAGCAAGAGAAGCUAGUUCAGAGAGAAAGAGAUAGACAGCAAGCUCUUCUCAGACAGCAGCAAGCCUGGCUACAGCAGCAGCAGCAGCAGCAGCAGCAACAGCACAGUGUUGCCUCCCAUCAAGUGUUGGCCCAGGGUAGACAGUCUGGUCCAUCGUUACUGCAGAUACAGCAGGAAGAGGAGGCUCAAGCCAUGGAGCAGCGUCAACGUGAGGAUUUGCUAAGGGGGCAGUACCAGUCCCAGCAGGUCAGGGUCCAGCAGUCUGGCUGGAGCAGUGCUGUCGGAGCAGUUGCUCCCAUUGGACAAGGAAGGGCCAGUGGUGGGAAGAAGGCGGUGAGUAAGCCAAAGUCAUUUUUGGAGAUCCAACAAGAGCAAGAGGUUGACAUAUACAAGCAGGCAACCGUCAGUGCCAUGACUGCUUCCCUCUCUGGCAAGGCUACUCAAAAACCUAAGGGUAUUUGGAGCAGUGCCACCAAGAGCAAGCAGACAUGGCCUCCACCCCACACUCCUCCGUCCCACUCACAGGCAAAGAGAGAGAAGCUACCUUCAUUCACUGCUGAGCUAGACGAUGAUGAUGAUGAUGAAGACGAUAUGUCAUUCUGGGAGGAGUGUGCUCUGGAGGCCAAGAACAACCCUGCUCCUUCCAGUGAGGGUGGAAGGCAAAAGGGCAGUAAAAAAAAGAAGCCAGGCAAUAAAGAAGAGGAGAACCUUCGUCGACUGUUGUCCUCUAACGAUGCCAGCUCAGAAUUCAACUCUUGGUGUGAAGUGGAGUUAAGGAAAUUCAACACAGAUGUCGAUGCGGCCACCUUUAUCAGCUUCUUACUGGAGGUGGACUCCGUGUAUGAAGUUCAUGACUACAUCAAAUCAUACCUGGGGGAGACUAAGGAUGCACAUGACUUUGCCAAACAGUUCCUUGACAAAAGACAGAAAGUCAAACCAUUGUCACAGCCGCAACAACAUAGCCAAACAAGGAAGUCAAGGUCACGUGAUCGGACAUCCAGUCACAGUGGAGAUGACUCACUUACUCGUACCUCCUCUGGUGGAGCACCAUCUAGUGGAGGUGUGCCCACCAAGUCAUGUGAUCAGGAAGAGGGGGGUGGAACAGGAGCAGGGAAAGCCAAACAAAAGAAGAAAAAGAAGAUGCAGAAGGUGAAUGCUGCUGCCCUGCUCGGGUUCACAGUGAAUGCUGCGGAGAGACCUAACAUGGGUGAAAUACAAUCAGUCAGGGACACAAUGUGACCACCAUGCGCAUGAUGAUUAUAUGACCUGAUUGUUAAUUUGUGUCUGACUGACUCUGUUUUGAUCUGUCAAUUAUAAUGAAUUCUCUUUUUGUUGGUAUAAUUUUAUGCGGCAUUGUAUAUACUGUGCAGCAAAUUUGCUGGCACUUGUCACCAAGUAA